CAUUAAUUCCAAAACUCAGCCUUCUAUUGGCCGAAAUCCGUCACUGUACUCUUAAUAAAAGACGCUUACAUACAUAAUCCAUCGUCCUCUUAGAAAAACUUGGGAAAAGAACAAGUAACUGACAUUUUCAUUUCCUCUUUUGCAUAUCUCGCAAUCCACGCAUCGCUGCAGAUCAUUUUUCAAUCGGAGAAUCAGUGGCUCCCGUUUUCUCCAUAAUAUUUUGUCUAAUAAGUUUUUGAUAUUCAGCAUAUUCUUUUUCUAUUGAACAAAAAAUAUGAAAUCGCAACAUUUAUGACAUGAAUCCAAAAAGUUCAUUAUAUUCUCAAAAUUCCACAAACAUCUACAACAAGCAGCACAAAAUUGUACCGGGAUCUAAUAUAAAACAUGACGAUGAAACACAUAAAAUGCUCAAUUGUAUCAUUAAAUAGACAAGGAUCAUCACUCGCAAACUACAGUGAAUCCAAAUCAUAUCUAUACUGAAACACAGGCAAUCCACGCGAAAUACUACAAACAUAAACACAAUGUAGAAGGAGAAGGAGACGGCACCUGUAACUGAAUAUUGCUUCUUUUCGGUGAUCGAUUGAUUUAAAGUACUAUAGUUUGAUCGUUGAAGAAGGAAAAAGAAAUCAAAGCCGUCUCUUUGAUAAUUUCUCGUAUUAAUUGAUUAUCUCUGAAUGGAAGGGUAGUUUAGGAAAUUUAUUCAAAUUUCUCGUGACACGUGUGAAUUGCCCGAGUAAUCGUGCAGACUAGAAACUUCCUUAUAUUCUCUCUCUGCUAUAUGAGCCAGAGGCGGUUAAGCAUUUUUAUCUAACCCGAUAAUCCGGAGCGAGAACACUACACUUUGUUGCAGCUGUUUGCGGUUUUAAUUUCUUGUACUUUUGAAGAACGAGUUGAAGAAGCGGAAAAGAAAUGGCGGCAACUCGAACAGCAACAACAAUGAUCCUCAAAGAGAUGGUUUAUUGCAGGCUACGAUUAUCUUUCUCUUCCUUAUCAUCGUCAUCACUUCCCUCUCUCUGUCUAACUCCUACUAAUUUACAUGCUAACGCUGUUAAAUUCACCUGCCGCGAAUUAAGCUUCAGCCGGAUUCGGUGCACCUCUUCUGACGACAAGAAGGUAUCGGCUCGUCUAUCGCAGGUUCAGCAGCUCCUGCAAGAAGCUGAAGAGCGAGCCAUCUCAGCUGGAAAUGAGCCACCACCUAAAAUCACACUCGGUCAUGUUACAGUGAGUUUUGCUAGAAGUGGUGGACCCGGAGGUCAAAAUGUGAAUAAAGUGAACACCAAGGUGGAUAUGCGCUUCAAUGUUAAAGAUGCAUAUUGGCUGAGUGACAGGAUUAGAGACAGGAUUAUGCAAAUGGAAAAGAACCGGAUCAACAAGGAUGGUGAGAUCGUGAUCUCUUCAACAAAGACUCGAACGCAGAAGGGUAACAUUGAAGAUGCUUUAGCAAAACUCCAGGCAAUUAUUGAUGCUGCUUCUUAUGUCCCACCUCCUCCUUCAGAAGAGCAGAAGAAGAAAAUAGCCAAAUUGGCUGCUUUAGGAGAGCAGAAACGGCUUAAAAGUAAGAAAGUUCUUUCAGACAAGAAGGCUUUUCGAAGAAGUAGGAACAGUUGGGACUGAACUUCUACAAUAUCAGUGUUGAAACAAUUUGGAUGAUAAUCAUUUGCUAUUCCGUGACAAGAAUCCAGCUGACUAGUGAGGGGAUCGAACUACAUGGUGAAGAAUGAAGAACCCUUCCUCUUGAGUGGAAACUUCAAAAAACAAAAGCUUUAUCUAUUCUCCUUGUUAAAAACACUCAAAUAUUACAGAAUCAGUAUACACUCUAAUGUUAUAGGAUCAAUUUAUUUGGCCAUCUCAUUUCCUUCCGAUUGAAAACAAUACAAUGUAUACUGACAUGUUUUGACAGGUAGAUUUCCAUUUGCCAGUCUCACAAAACUUAUAAUGUCAGUCUUUUAUGGCUUUCACGAUUUUA